GGAACAAUUAUUUAUCGAUAUGGUUUCAAUGCUGCAGUUAUCACUUGCGUUUCCUUGUUUGUCCCAAGUCUAAUAUUGAUCUGCAUUUUACCAGAACCCGUAAAGCCUUUAAUAAGGCAACAAAUGUCAGUGAAAUGAUGGAUGGAGAUAGUACGAAUGGUGCUGGAGUCGAUGGUGUCGAGGACGAUAUCCGUACUAUUGAAAUCCAACAAAACUGGAAGAAGAGGUUCAUCAUAAAAUUACAAGCUCUCAGACAUUUGGACCCAAUCUUGAUUAUGGUAAUAGUAAUUGUUAUACUCGCUUCAAUUAGCUCUAUGGUCGAUCUUCAAUAUAUUGUUAUUUACCUCAUGGGCUCGCCAUUUUUGUGGAAUCCUCAACAAGUAGGAAUAUACAUAGGUGUCAGUGAUUUCAUUUCAUCCUCGCUGGGAAUCGCCUACACAAUAAUUGUUGUUAGACUCCGACAAAGACGGAAUUCCAAAAAGAAACGUCCAGUGAGUGAAGAAACGUUGUCAUCACAAACGGAAAUCAUCAACGAUGCACCAGCAUUAUCUUUCAUACGACACAUGAAAUUACUUGUAUUCACUCUGGCAGGUUCCUUAGCUAUGAUGACGGUGAACAAAGUACUUAUGGCUGUUGCUUAUCAAUUUCCAACACAGAAAGCCAAUAUUAUUGUCUACGCAGCUGCUAUUCCUCGAUUGGUAAAAAGUUUGGUUGCUCCCAUCGCCCGUUCAAUGUUCUCCAUAUGUACACCACCUGGUAAUCAAGGGAUGAUUCAAUCAUUUGGUGGAUUUAUUGCUCGUAUUGGAAUACUGAUUAGUCUGACUGCUCUCCCAGCCUUGUAUGCUGCUACCGUCACAGUAUUUCCUCAGGCUGUGUUUAUUACUGUCGGUGCAGUGAUGGUAAUCACGAUAAUUUUUGAUUUGUGUAUUCUGCCUCUUCUCAAAUCAAAAAGAAUUCAACACUCGCCAAACGCUAAGGCUUAGCAGAUGAACGUAGAAAUCCCGAAUACAUGACAUUAUUUAUUCCAACGACUCCACACUCAUUUUGAUUUCGUUUUUGAUAUGAGAUGCCCCAUUUUGUAUUGCAACCCAAGCAAACAUUGACGUAAAUAAACUGCUUUUUCAUUCGGAUCAA